AUGUCUGACAAACCAAGAUCCCAUGUUAUUGUGAAUCCUUUCAAAAACGUUGAACUUCGUCUGCCUAUUGAAGUGCUAAUGGGUAGACCUGAAUAUAAAAAACGAAGAGAUCUGUUUCUUCAAGGUUUUGCCGCUGUUCAACAACGAGAUUACGAAGAUCCCAGAUCCUUUUAUGCAGUUGCUGGUAUCCAUGGCCUUCCUUUUGUGCCUUAUGACUUGUUGCCUGGAGAAAAAGAACCAUCUACUGACUGGCACAAAGGAGAAAAUGAUCGCUGGGGUGGCUAUUGUCAUCACGGUGAUAUACUCUUUCCAACUUGGCAUCGUCCAUAUGUUUUAUUGCUUGAAAUGCUUAUAUACGAAGCGGCCAAGGAGAUUAUAAGUGAUGAUACAAAAAAUUACCCUCCUGGAGAAGAAACUAAUAAAUAUAAAGAUGAAGUUGAGAAAAUUCGAUUUCCAUACUGGGAUUGGGCCAGUCCAUCAACUCUCACACAAGGCAUACCUUCGGUCAUAUUUGACGAGUACGUUUAUGUUGACAACCCAAACAACUCGAAAGUCAGAAUCAGAAAUCCUCUUCGUGCCUUUACUUUACCACAAGACCUUGGAAGUUUAGUACUUGUUGGUGAUAUUUCUAAUCCAACACAAAGACCUUACAGUCCAGAUGCUACUACUCCCUAUACACCAAAAGGAUAUGCCACAGUCAGACAUCCAGACAGCAAUUACAAGUCCAAUGUAGAUGCCACUAACCUCAAUGUCGUCACAUUUUGUAGUUCUGUAUUUCGUCCAGUCCUUUAUCAAGUUCUUUUGGUUGAUGAAUGGCGCCAAUUCAGCAAUCAUGGGGACAAGGAGGAUCAUCCUCCCGACGAAAAUUAUGGUCAUUUUGCAUCACUUGAAGUUGUCCAUGAUGCAGUUCAUGAUGCAGUUGGUGGGGCUGGUGGCCAUAUGACAUAUCCUGACAUCGGUGGUUUCGACCCUAUUUUCUUCCUUCACCAUGCUAACGUGGAUAGACUUUUAGCUAUUUGGCAGGCAUGUCACCCUGAUGUUUGGAUCAUUAAAAAUGAUUAUACUGUAGGCAGCUUUACUAAUCUACCUAAUCAACCUAUUGAUGAAGAUACUGAACUUACGCCAUUCCGUAGAACAGAGGAUAAGUGUUGGACCUCAAAGGAAGUAAGAAACAUUACGGACCUUGGAUACAACUAUCCUGACCUUACGAAAUCCGUAGACUCGCACCAACUUUGGCUUGAUAUGUUAGAUUAUUAUCAUCCGAACCAAUACCUACAAUAUCAUUGGAAGCUCACCUUGACCGUUCUGAAAAAUAAAGUCGGCUCACCAUUCCAAAUUCGAGUCUUUCUUGAUUUGCCAAACGCAAAUGCUUCGAUUCCUAUCACCAGCUUACAUUUUGCCGGCCUCAUAUCAAUCUUUGCUCGUGGUAGUGAAACACAAUGUGCUAACUGUAUCUCCAAUUCAGAAGCGGUGGUCAAUGGUUCUGUUGACCUUACCACAUGCAUGCAGAAACUUUUAAUGGAUCUAAAUCCAGAACCUGGUGAAGGCAACCUUGUGCAUACUUUGGAGCCAGAUCAAAUCACACUUGUGGCCGUUUUGAAAGAUGGAAGCGAAAAAAGUCUUGAAGAUGUUGGUUUAAUUUCCGCGAAAUAUUGGGUAUUUAAUGAAGGUCCCAAAUAUGAUCGAAAACCAGAAGAUUGGAUGAAAACGAGAAAGCUCAUGGGUGAGGUUUAUCCUUCUCCAAAAACUACUUAG